AUGGACCUGGUGCCGCGUCUCGUGCGCGCUCUGCUCCUGCUGGCCCUGCUGCUGGCAGUGGCUCCCUCGACAGGAGUGGCCGAGGAGCUCUGCCCAGAGCCCUGCCGCUGCCUGGGCCAUGGGCGGCUGAACUGCCGCCACACCGGGCUGGCCACCGUGCCCCCGGCCAGCCGCCGCCGAGCCCUGGCCGUCCUAGAUUUCACUGGCAACUCCAUUGCUGCUGUUGGAAAACAGGCCUGGAAGGACUACCCAUGGGCUGAGACAUUAGUGCUCAGGGACAAUGAGCUGCGGACAGUGAAGAGCCAUUCCCUGGAGGGGCUGUUCCUGCUGAAGCACCUAAAUCUCUCCGGGAAUGGCCUCACGCGGAUCCGCAGCGGCACUUUCCAGGCCUGGCAUGGGAUGCAGUUCCUCCAGGAGCUGAUCCUCAGCCAAAACCCGCUGGUUGUGAUAGAUGACUCUGCCUUCUUCAAGCUGCCCUCAGUGCGCGCUCUAGACCUGAGUGCCACCCAAGUGAUCCCGCAGACGCUGCUGCUGCUGCUACAGACCACAGUGAGCUUGGAAACCCUGCAAGUGCCCAAGGAGACGGCCUGCUGCCUGUGCCAGGAGCGUCCCCGGCCCAAGAGCCCCUGCAGGACCAUCCAGUUCCUGUGCGAGAAGCUGUGCAGCAGCAGCGCCCCGCAGUGCGGGGAUAAUGGCAUGGAUUGA